AUGAAGAUGUUCUAUAUUUUAUUUAUACUCAUAGGUUUUUCAAGUGGCGAAGAAACUUGCUGCGCGAAUUUGGCACCGAAGAACUGGAUAUUCGAAACUUCAGGAAUUCGCAAUGCCUCCGAGAUUUUCGAAGUUCAAGAUUGUGAGAAUGCUAAGAUUUAUUGUAAAUCAACUCAUCAAAAUGCGAUUUAUUUUUGGGAUGGAAACAGAGAUAUCAAAUAUAAUUAUGAAUUUGAGAUGGAGACUGAUGGUACUUUUUUUGUCAGCAGUUUACCAGUGAGUUUGAGAGUUCGGUUCAGCUUCAAUGUUAAAAAAUUUCCAGCUUCAAUGUAUAAAUUCUACAUGGCAAUUUACUCCUUAUGAUAAUUCUUCAAACACGAUUCCCUUGAAACAUGUGAUUUGUGGACAUUCUCCACAAUAUGAAAUCGAAGAUUCAUUAAAUUCUACUGAAGUUUGA